AUGCUAAGUGGUAACAAUGGAAACACCGUACCACCGGUUUUCAUGAACGAGAACCAAUUGCAAUACCAGACAAACACACAAUCCAAUCAGCUUCACUUGCUCGGAAACAUGGGAGGUGGGUGUACUGUUGAUCCAGUAAACUUCUUUGCUAACGAGAAUCUGAUGAUUCGUCCUAACAAAAGAGGAAGAGAAGCUGAAGACUUUCACAAUCUCCAAAGACAACAGAAGCUUCAGAUCUCUUUGAACUACAAUCAAAACAACGCUAGUGUUCGUGAAGAAGUCCCUAAGGAGAAUCUAGUCUCAACUGGUCUUAGACUAUCUUAUGAUGACGAUGAACGCAACUCUUCAGUGACUUCUGCUAGUGGUGCUUCUCCAAUCUUUCACUCACUCGAUGAUAGUCUUAGGCUUGACCUCCAUAGACAAAAAGAUGAGCUUGACCAGUUUAUGAAAAUCCAGGCAGCUCAAAUGGCGAAAGGAGUGAGGGAUAUGAAACAGAGACAGACUGGGUCGUUUCUCAACACAAUAGAGAAGGGAGUGAGCAAGAAGCUACAAGAGAAAGAUCUAGAGAUCGAUACCAUAAACAAGAAGAACAAGGAGCUUGUGGAGCGGAUAAAGCAAGUGGCGGUGGAAGCUCAGAACUGGCACUACAGAGCAAAGUACAAUGAGUCUGUGGUGAAUGCCUUGAAGACGAGUCUACAGCAAGCAAUAUCACACAACAACCACAAUGUGAUUGCUGCUGCUGCAGAUCAAGGCAGAGAAGGGUUUGGAGACAGCGAGAUAGAUGAUGCAGCUUCGUCAUACAUUGAUCCAAACAAGAACAUGGGGAAUCAGAGGAUGAGAUGCAAAAUGUGCAAUGCCAAGGAAGUGUCGGUGUUGCUUGUGCCGUGUAGGCACUUGAGUUUGUGUAAAGAAUGUGAUGUAUUCACUGGGGUUUGUCCUGUAUGCAAGUCUUUGAAAACUUCUAGCGUUCAGGUCUUCUUUUCUUGA